AUGGGAAAGAUCAUUUUCUACGAGGACAGGAAUUUCCAGGGUCGGCACCAUGAGUGCAUGAGCGACUGUGCCGACCUGCACCCUUACUUCAACCGCUGCAACUCCGUCAGGGUGGAGAGCGGCUGUUUCAUGGUGUACGAGAGACCUCAAUACCUGGGCCACCAGUCCUUCCUCCGCAGGGGGGAGUACUCCGACAACCAGCGCUUGAUUGGCAUCAAUGACUGCAUCCGCUCCUGCCGCAUGAUUCCCAUGCACCGUGGUUCCUACAAAAUAAGAUUGUAUGAGCGUCCAGACAUGAGCGGCCAAAUGCAUGAGGUGAGCGAUGAUUGCCCCAGCGUCCAGGACCGCCUGCGUAUGUCUGACGUCAACUCGUGCAACGUGGUGGACGGCCAUUGGCUGCUGUACGACCAGCCGAACUACAAGGGCCGGCCCUACUACCUGAGACCUGGAGAGUACCGUCGAUCCUUGGACUGGGGAGGCGCCAGUUCAAGGAUCGGCUCUCUCAGGCGAAUCACAGACUUUAAGGACCAUGCGGCAGGACUGAAUGCACUCAUUGAAGCCGAUGGUGUUCUGGUACUCGGGGUACUCUCCCCUGGUGAGGAGGUGCUGCUGGCCCGUGAAGUUGGGCUGAUCGUAGACCAUGAACGUCCCGCUCUCCACCCUGCAGGAGCUGCAUCGGCCCAGAUGAGAGGAGAUCUCAGAGCAGUCGCUCAUGCACUCAUAGGAGCGACCCUGGAAAUCACAUUCUAUGAGGAGAAGAACUUCCAGGGUCGCUCCUAUGAGACCAGCAACGACUGCCCUGAGCUCACCUCCUACCUGAGCAGGUGCAACUCCUGCAGGGUGGAGAGUGGCCUCUUCAUGGUCUACGAGAAGCCCAACUUCAUGGGCCAACAGAUGCUGGUGAGGAGGGGCGAGUACCCUGACAACCAGCGCCUGAUGGGCAUGACUAUGAGCGACUGCAUCAGGUCCAGUCGCAUGAUCCCCACGCACAGGGGACCCUUCAGGAUGAAGAUCUACGAGAAGGAGAACUUCGGAGGCCAGAUGCACGAGCUGAUGGACGACUGUGACAACAUGCAGGAUCGUUUCCGCAUGAACGAGUGCCAGUCCUCCAAUGUGAUGGAGGGCCACUGGCUGAUGUUCGAGCAGCCCAACUACAGAGGCAAGAUGAUGUACCUGAGGCCAGGAGAGUACAGGAACCUCAGAGAGAUGGGGAUGAGCAACAUGACCAAGUUCAGCUCCAUGAGGCGCAUCAUGGACUCCUUAAAAGCCAUUUCACCGCCUUGUACACAUAUGUUGUUGGUUCAGAUCCGUUUCUACCAGGACGAAUACUUCCAGGGUCGAUUCCCAAAAUCUGAUAAUGACUCCAGCAACAUGCGCACCUCAGCCGCAGCGGAACAGAAGGUGACCAUGGAGCGCACAGGGAAGAUCAUCUUCUACGAGGAGAAGAACUUUAAGGGCCAUCACUAUGAGUGCAGCGGCGACUGUCCGGAGCUCAACUCUCACAUCCAGCACUGCAACUCCCUCCGGGUGGAGGGGGGGGCCUGGGUCCUCUACGAGAGACCCCAAUACCUGGGAUACCAGUACGUGCUCAUGAGGGGCGAGUACCCCAACUACCAGAGCUGGAACGGCUUCAACGACACCAUCCGCUCCUGCAGACUCAUCAGACAUCCUUCCAGCAUGCACAGGAUCCGCAUCUACGAGCGUCCGGACUUCAGCGGCCAGAUGAUCGAGUUCAGCGACGACAUGCCCAACCUGAUGGACCGCUGGCGCUACCGGGACCUCCACUCGGCGCACGUGCAGGACGGCGUCUGGGUUUUCUACGAGCACUCGAACUACAGGGGGCGCCAGUACCUGCUGGAGAAGGGCGAGUACAGACGUCCCGCAGAGUGGGGGGCGCUUCAUCCCGCAGUGGGGUCCAUCAGACGGGUGGUCGACUCGUCUUAAAAUCACUUCCUGUUUCCCCACCUUCCUCCAGUCAUUACCCCUGAGUUAACUUAAUAAAA